AUGGCGAGAUGUUUCAAUAAUAAGUGCUUUCCAUGGACGAUGUUUCAAGGGUUGUUUGGGUGCCUUGACAAAGAAAGGAAGGCCCUUUUACAACUCAAACAUGCUUUCAUAUCAGGUCUAAAUAUUAGUAAAAGUCUGGAAUGGGGUGAUGAGGAGGGAGGAAAGGUGGACGACAACGACUGUUGUGCUUGGAGAGUAGUAAAGUGUAAUCCCAGCACAGGACGAGUCACCCACCUCUUAAUAAACCAAACACGGUGGUGGUAUUACGCUGAUCCUUACGACCUCAGCUAUUUCAAUCUAAAUGCCUCUUUAUUUCUACCAUUUGAAGAUCUUCAGUAUCUCGACUUAUCAGGUAGCCAUAUUGGAGGCUGGAUUCAUAAUACAGGCUUUGAACAGUUGGCUAGACUGGAAAAACUUGAGUUCCUGGACUUGAGUUAUAAUAAUUUCAAUAACACCAUGCUUCCGUCUUUGGGUGCUCUCACAUCCCUCAAGACACUGUCUCUUCGUUCAAACAAUUUCUCGGGUUCCUUUGAUAUUGAAGAAUUGGCGAAUCUGAUCAAUUUGGAGGUCCUUGAUUUGAGCGGGAAUCAUCUUAAUGACUCAUUUUCAUUGCAAGGAUUAUGUGAACUGAAAAAGCUCCGAGAGUUGAAUAUUGGUUACAACAACUUUGGAGUAACUACUAGUACUCUGCUGCCUCCAUGUUUCAACAACUUGACAUUUCUUAGAAGGAUAGAUCUCUCCAGUAAUCAAUUUAAAGGAAACAUUCCAUCUUUCAUAACUACUCAUACAUCACUGGAGCACAUCCUUCUUGGUGAUAAUAAAUUUUCGGGCUCAUUCUCAUUCAGCAACUUCGUCAACCAUUCCAAUCUACAAGUCAUUGACCUUGGAGGUAACAAACUAGAGGUAGAAGCAGAACAUCCACAUCAGGUUCCGACCUGCUUUCAGUUGAAGGAGCUGUAUUUAAGAAAUUGUACUCUUCUCUCGGGUGUUGUUUCAAGAUUUCUCUCCAGUCAAUAUGACUUACGAGUGCUUGAUCUCUCCUCUACCAAUUUGAAGGGAACAUUUCCAACCUGGAUUUUGAACAACAAUACAAAGUUGCAACAACUAAACCUGGGGAAUAACUUACUAAAUGGCCAUUUUCAUCUGGUAUCUGUUUAUCCAAAGAUAGCUGUUGUUGACAUCUCCGACAAUCACAUUGAGGGGCAACUUCAAGCAAAUAUUGGUGAGGUGCUUCCAAACCUAAUAUUUUUAAAUUUAGCAGGAAACUCUAUUGAUGGUGGCAUUCCUUCGUCAAUCGGUAACAUGAGCAUAUUGUGGGCGUUAGAUUUGUCUAAUAACAAAUUGACCGGAGAAAUACCUAAGUACUUGGCCAGAGGUUGCACCGAAUUAUCGGUUUUGAUUCUGUCAAACAACAGAUUGCAUGGAGAAAUAUUUCCAUCGUAUUUUAAUUUGACCAGGUUGGAUAACAAUCUUUUCAAGGGAACUCUGAGAGAUGGAUUGUCCAAAUGUACUGAACUAUUUAAUUUGGACAUCAGCAACAACCAGAUAUCAGGUAGGAUUCCCAGUUGGAUUACAAACUUCUCGUCUCAGCUGAUGACUCUUUUCAUGCAAGAUAACCAUUUCCAAGGGGAAAUCCCAACUGAAAUUGGUCAAUUGAAACUUCUUGAAUUUCUAGACCUUUCUGGGAACAGACUCUCGGGAACCUUACCUUCUUCUCUCUUGAUGUUACAAAAAUUAAAAUAUGUAAAAUUGCAGAGAAAUGAAUUCGCAGGAUCGCUGCCAGUUACUCUUCUCAACAAUUCAUCAUCAUCUUUGCUUGCACUGGAUAUGAGUUAUAACAACUUCUCUGGUAGUAUUCCCAGUAUGAUCAGUGAGCUUUCUGAGCUGCGUGUUCUUUCGUUGAAGCGAAAUACCUUAAAUGGUCCAAUUCCAUAUCAAUUAUGCCAAUUGAAGAAGAUAAGGUUGAUGGUUCUUUCCCAUAAUACCUUUUCAGGGACAAUACCCCAAUGCUUCAGUAACCUCAACUUUGGGAGUAAAGAUGACACAGAAAAUCUAUUUCAAGAUUCAGUGAUACCUUAUUCCAUAGGAAAUAUGGGAUAUAAAAGCGUCACACUGGAAGAAGUGGAGUUCACAACAAAGAGAAGGGCUGACUCUUACAAGGGUGACAUUCUUAAUUACAUGUCUGGGUUGGAUCUCUCUUGCAACCGGUUAACUGGUAAAUUCCCCUUUGAAAUAGGAAAUCUACAUGGGAUUCGUGCAUUGAACUUCUCUCAUAAUCACCUUACUGGAUCAAUCCCCAAAACCUUUUCAAAGCUUAGGAACAUAGAAAGCUUGGACCUUUCAUGCAAUAGGCUGAAUGGAACGAUUCCUUCGGAAUUGACCGAGCUAAACUCCUUGGCAGUCUUCUCUGUGGCUCAUAACAAUUUAUCUGCUAAGACACCGGACUUCAAAAAACAGUUCGCGACCUUCGACAGCAGCAGCUACGAGGGAAACCCUUUGCUUUGUGGACCUCCGUUACUGAAGAAAUGCACCAAAGAUGAAGAAUCAUCAGACGACCUUGUGCAUGCAGAAACACAGAAUGAGAGUGGGAUUGAUGUCGUUUUCUCAACAAGCUUUGUGGUUUCAUACAUCAUGUCCUUGCUGGGACUCAUGACUAUUCUAUACGUGAAUCCUUAUUGGAGGAGGAUGUGGUUUAUUUCAUUGAAGCACGCAUUUAUUCAUCCUAUGGCUUUAUUACCAAUGUUCUGUACUAGAGGUAUAGAUUAUAUUUACUUGCUCCCUUAA